AUGCAAAAGUCUAGUUCAUGCGGUAGUCUUGUACCCAAACCAUGUAACUAUGACAACUGCUGUAUAUGUGCAUAUGGUCCACCACCAUCAUUCUUCACCUCUGCACCCACAUGGGCUGAUAUAUGUUACAUUGCACUAUACUGUCUUACACUUUCCAAGAGGGAUAUCAAGUAUUUCCAUAUCAAGAAGGAUAUUUGUACAUUUAUCGAUGCCCAUUAUGAAUCCAUAUGUAUGAGGAAAAGAACAUCAAUAUGGAGACAAACUGUUAAUAUGACGUUGUCACAUCCUCAGUACUUUGAGAUGUUUCAACAAGAGAGUGCAUUGGAGAAUGGUAGAAAGGGUUACUACGGCUUGAAACAGAUGCAUGACCCUUAUGAGCACACCGCACUCAACUUGAGAAGUAGGAGAAAGAGAAGACAUGAGCAGAAGAUACACCAGGAUGAGUUGAAGAAGUCCGUCAGCUUCCAAUCGACCCUCUCGCCCACCAAGGGUCAAGCACCUCUCGCUCAGAUCCUCGGAUCAAUCUACAGUUCUCCUCAAUUCCUUCACAGUCGCUCCACUGUCAACCUACAACAACAACAACCCGCUGUUGCUGCUCUAGACAACAAACAGUUCCCAACUCCCAACUUUGACAUCAACGUCAAUCAUAACAAUGAGCAUCAACAUCAGCAUCAACAAACACUCAAGAAACAACUCACCAGUCCAUCAUUCUUUACUCACUCCAAGCCACCCAUCGCAUCACCAAAGCCACUUAACCCAUCAUCAUUAAUGGAUACCUCCUCCUCAUCACCCAUAACAACUACAACUUCAUCAACAAGUGCCUCAGGCAAGAACAACAACAAUGGCAUUGCCAAUCUACUGAACUCUGAUGAUGAUGAUGAAUCGCCCAGCGUCACAUCAACCAAACAUUUUCACUCGACUCCAUCACCAUCAAUCACAAACACAAUCACCAACUCUGCCAUCAACACAUCAACCAACAACAUCAACAAACUUUUAAAUCACCGCUUAUCAAUCGACUCCAACUCAUCAGCCAUUAUCACUCCAUGCCUCAGUGCCUCGACAUUUGGCUCACCCAGCCAGUCAACUGGUCGACUCGCCAGUAUCCUCUGUGGCGAGGAGGAAGCCCACAACAUGAUGACCGAACGUGAGGUGCCAAGUCUCUUUAGCUCGUCCAUUGGCAAGUUGAUCAUUGAGAAGAACCUGCCUCCAUUAUCCACCGUCAACAAGAGUGCAGUUCAGUUACCACCCAGAACUCAAUCCCCCGAGCAACAACCGAUGCAACAGCAACAGCAACACUCGUCUCCCUUACAACAAACACCUCAACAUUCUCCACAAGAGGCUCCCCAAUCAAUGUGGCCAUCAAAGUCCACAUCGUCUUCUUCGAAUACAAUGAUGAUGGAGGAUGAUGAGUGCGGCAUGGACGAGGAGGACGAUGACUCACCAAAGAAGCGCAUGAGGAAGACCACACGACCUGAUGAGAAGGGCUUGCUUGAGAAGUACUAUCAGCUACACUACGGCUCCAACGCCAAGCACUGCAAGGAGGAGUUGAACAUCCUAUCGGCAACACUCAACUGGAAGAUCAAUCGUAUCCAGCGAUGGCUAGACAAUCGCCGCACCAAGGACAAGCUGAGAUCACUUCGUGCCACCCAAGAGCGUAACUUUAUAUUUGCUGGAGCUGGAGCACAUCAUCAACAACCACCUCAACAACAAUCAAUUCACCAUGCCAAUGAUAUCAUGGCACCAUCCAUAUCACCAACAACAAUCCAAUUCAACGCCAGAUCACAUCACUACUCACACUUUAGCGAGGCAAAGAACAGUGGCUUAGUUCCAACAUCAAGCUACAGCAUCAACAGUCUGCUUAACUAA